UACCGACAUGGCUGACACUUUGAGUGCAUUGAUGUUUAAAGGUUAUUUGGCCUGCUUUCUUUUUUCGACAUAUAUUCAACUGACUUCCUGUUCAUACGUGUGCCUAAAGGGUUCAUCAACCAUCGGGGCAGCGGAAUGCACAACCGUAGAAACAUGCGGCCCACAUGAGGUCUGCUUUUCCGACGCAUAUUCAACAACAACAGGGAUACGCCGCGAAUAUGGAUGUCGAGACUCACAGUUAUGUGCCAGUAACCACGUAGGACGGCGGCGAGCAUCCACUGGCGGCUUGUUGGCUUGUUCACAAUGUUGCCAGGGGGAUUUGUGCAAUUCCAAGCUCUGUGGCGAAAAAGGUUUUCAGCUGCAAGGCGGUCCAACAUGUUUUGCCUGUGACCUGUUUCCAGGUCCUGAUACCUGCAACACUAUUCAACAUUGUGGUAGAGAUGAGAUAUGUGAAAUACUCCCGGACCUAUCAACCGUUACCCACAGAAGUAUGUACACAAGUCGUUGCGCAAAACCUAAGUCAUGUGAAACACAAAAGAAUAACGUGCUAAUGUUCUCAACCGGCCCGGUGUGCGGCACCAAAUGUUGCAACACGUCCCUGUGCAACACCGACAGCUGUAGCCAAAACAGUCAGACAACAGUUACGAACCCUGUUCCAACACACAGUACGGGCUGCCCAACAGGAAACCACUGGAUUGACUUCGGCAACUCUUGCUACUUCAUCGGCGAUAGGGAAUUAAGCUGGAGCGACUCCCAGAGUUAUUGUCAACAAAAAGGCGGAUUUCUUGCACGACUCGACAGCCAGGCAAAGACUGAUCACAUCAAUCCAAUUUUGCAGUCAUUAAAGGCAACAGUCGGUAUACAAGCAGGGUCCUACUGGAUUGGUUUAAAUGACAUACAUACUACAGGGGUCUGGGUAUGGGUCGACACAAACACUCCUGCGACAUAUACCAACUGGUACCCAGGCCAAGUUCUGAAUCAGAAUUUUCCAGAAAGUUGUGCUGUGGCGGCUCAUUAUAUAAGCUGGAAAUGGCAAAUCUACGGAUGUAAUAAUACUAACGUACACCAGCUUUGUGAAAUACCAAAGGCGACUGGCGGACAUAUAGUUGGUUAACGAUAAGGAAGAAUAAACAAACAACUGCAAAACCGUUGGCCAUAAUUUGUUCAUUCUUUAUUGUGAAUACAUUACAAUUCGCCUAACA